AAGCGGACCCUACAGAGCAGUCUGGUCCCCAACCCAGAGGUCCACACACCUCCGAACCCCAGACAUCUCUCUCUUUCUUUCUCCUUCUCUAUUCCUCUCUCUGUCUCCCCAUUUGCCUUCUUCGGGUUCCAGGUCUGAGUUCCAACCAUCCGAGAUCUUCAAUGAUGUUCAUCAGUAACAGAGUCUGGAUGGAGGAAGACCAACAACGCAGUAGGAAUUAAAAACGGGUUGAAGAUACAUUUUGGGAAAAAGGUUUUAAAUCAUUGUCAUUUAUAAAGCUGAGUCCCUCUGCAGCCAUGGAGCAGCCCGUGAUGAAAGCCAGAUCGCCAGUGGGUCAGAUGUGUUCGGUGGUGGCACCCGCCUCGGCCAAGCAGCCUUCCUCCGCCCCCUCUCCCUCCAACACCAUGGGCCCCAAGGAGGUGGAGCUGAUUCUGGUGAAGGAGCACAACGGCGUCCAGUUCACCACCUCCACGUUGGUCAGCCCCGCUGGGCACCCCCACGGCCACGGCCUUGCUCUGGGCCCCAGUCACGGACACACCCCUGUCCCCGGAGAAGAGAGGGAGACCUGGGGGAAGAAGAUCGACUUUCUCCUGUCGGUGAUAGGGUUCGCUGUGGACCUGGCCAACGUGUGGAGGUUCCCCUAUCUCUGCUAUAAGAACGGAGGAGGAGCGUUCCUGGUGCCCUAUCUAUUCUUCAUGGUGAUAGCAGGCAUGCCUCUGGUGCCCCCUCUGGGUGUUGGUUUCACAGUGAUCCUGAUCAGUCUGUACGUGGGCUUCUACUACAACGUGAUUAUAGCCUGGGCCCUGUUCUACCUGUUCUCUUCCUUCACCGGAGAGCUGCCCUGGGUCCACUGCAACAACACCUGGAACAGCCCCAACUGCUCGGACCUCUGGGCCUUCAACAACUCCCUCAACGACACACACAAGUCCACCCCCGCAGCAGAGUACUUCGAGCGUGGGGUGCUCCACCUACAGGACAGUGAGGGUAUAGCUGACCUGGGUCUGCCUCGUUGGCAGCUGACAUCCUGUCUAGCUGUGGUCAUCGUGGUUCUCUACUUCAGCCUCUGGAAGGGGGUCAAGACCUCAGGGAAGGUUGUGUGGAUCACAGCCACCAUGCCCUACGUGGUCCUGACCGUCCUGCUGCUGCGUGGGGUCACCCUCCCUGGAGCCAUGGAUGGCAUUAAGGCCUACCUCAGCGUCGACUUCCUACGACUCUGUGAGCCUCAGGUCUGGAUAGACGCUGCCACUCAGAUCUGCUUCUCUUUGGGAGUCGGGUUUGGUGUGCUAAUAGCGUUCUCCAGCUAUAACAAAUUCAGCAACAACUGCUAUAGAGAUGCCAUCAUCACCAGUUCCAUCAACUCCCUGACCAGCUUCUUCUCCGGCUUCGUCAUCUUCUCCUUCCUGGGUUACAUGUCCCAUAAACACAGCGUGCCAUUGGACAAGGUGGCCACAGACGGUCCUGGUCUGGUGUUCAUCAUCUACCCAGAGGCCAUUGCAACAUUACCAGGAUCAUCAGUGUGGGCAGUUGUCUUCUUCAUCAUGCUGCUGACUCUGGGCAUCGACAGUGCUAUGGGAGGGAUGGAGUCAGUGAUCACAGGAUUGAUGGAUGAGUUCAAGUUUCUCCACAAACACCGGGAACUCUUCACCCUCUUCAUUGUUGUGUCCACCUUCCUCAUCUCAUUGUUCUGUGUCACUAAUGGUGGUAUCUAUGUGUUCACUCUGCUGGACCAUUUUGCUGCUGGGACAUCCAUUCUCUUUGGAGUGCUUAUUGAGGCCAUCGGCAUCGCCUGGUUCUACGGAGUGGACCGGUUCAGUGACGACAUCGAGGAGAUGAUCGGACAGAGACCAGGCCUGUACUGGAGACUGUGCUGGAAGUUUGUCAGCCCCUGCUUCCUCCUGUUCAUGGUGGUGGUGAGCUUCGCGACCUUUAACCCUCCUAACUACGGGACGUACACGUUUCCCAUAUGGGCCAACAUGAUUGGCUGGUGCUUGGCUAUAUCCUCCAUGACCAUGGUGCCUCUCUAUGCCAUCUACAAGAUGUGCACCUUACCUGGAAAGUUCUGCGAUAGACUGGCCUACGCCAUAACGCCUGAGCACGAACACCACCUGGUGGAUAACGGAGAAGUUAGGAGGUUUACGCUCCAACACUGGAUGGUGAUCUGAGCCCAGGAAGAAGACAGGGGUCUGUUCACAUGGAGGAUGGAUGGAUGGAUG